UCUGCUAGCGGUGGAUCUGAGUCGUUACAAUUAACCUUUAUUUUUCUUCAAUUUAGCUCAAUUGAAAACUAUGCUCAUGAAAGGAAACUGCCAAGAGAGAAGUUGUUCCAUUGCCAAAGUACGGAAGCUUUAGUUAAGAUGAAGAUUAGAACUUGGUCAGGUGAAGUCAAACCCCACUAAUAAGUUUUCCUUUUUGCGUCCAAUGUGAUUUUCAGUGGGACUGAAAUGUGACUUGAAUCGGUAACGCUGUCCACGACCAAGAAGAAACAAACGGAAGUGGGCAUCAAAAGUUGAUAUGUUGUCCCUUUUUAGCUGUGUUACAUGAUUAGAUUGAAAGUAUAUAAACCAUUUUAAUGCUUUCCCACUUUACAUUAAUAAAUAUAUUUCUGCCUAAAAUUCGAGUGAGAAUUCAUCAAAACCAGUCCAAUAAUGUUGACAGGGACAUGCAUAAUUAUAUUACCUUAAAUAAAGAGGGAAGCAUGUUUUUUGAAUUAAUUAAUGUUGUUAGACUAAUUAUGAUUGUACAAUUCCGAUUAUGCAAUUUGCCCCUGUAAGCAGGCACAAGGGGAAAAGCUUGCAGGAAUUUUGGACUAAUGCCCUCAUUUUCUGAGUCAAAUCAGAGUUUUCCAACGCAGCCCGACUUGGUUUUGGAGGCAAACAACUACUCUUUGUUGAAAUCAUGAUGAAUAAAUUCGAGAAAUCAACAAAAGACUGAGCUAUUCGGAGACAUCUUUCUUCAGCACUCCUUUUACGCUGCCGAGAAAAGCAAAGGCGCUCAAUUCCAGUCCCCUGUUAUUAUUAUUUGUUUUUUGAUCAAUCGUUGCUUUUGGUGGGCUGGAAGGAGAUUUCGGAUGGGCUGGUGAUGGAAGAUAGAUUGGUCCGAAGAACAGCUGCUGAGGAAUGGACCCUUUCACUUUGAUUGGUUCUAAGAUUGUUUCGUAGCCUUAUGGCCUCAAUUGCUGGUCCCAAAGCUUCCUCAAAUCCGCCACAAAAAACAGCCAAUGGUGCAAUGGCUAAUGGGAAACAAACAUCAACUGAAGUAGAUUCCCCUCACAAUGAAGCUAGAAGCUCAGUAGAUCAAGAGAAGAAAACAUCAGAAUACGGGAGUGUAAAGAGCAGUAUAUGUAGAGGGAGCACGAGCAGUGAUAUAAGUGAGGAGAGCUCUUGCAGUAGUUUUAGUAGUAGUAUCAGUAAACCUCAUAAAGCAAAUGAUUUGAAAUGGGAGGCCAUUCAAGUUGUUCGUGCCAAAGAUGGGGCGAUGGGAUUAAGCCAUUUUAGACUUUUGAAGAAGUUGGGUUGUGGGGAUAUUGGGAGUGUCUAUCUCUCUGAGUUAAGAGGAACAAAAUGUCAUUUUGCAAUGAAGGUUAUGGAUAAAAAUACUUUAGCCAGUCGUAAAAAAUCGCUUCGGGCGCAAACCGAAAGAGAAAUACUUCAAUCCCUUGAUCACCCUUUCCUUCCAACAUUAUACACUCACUUUGAGACAGAGAAAUUCUCAUGCUUGGUGAUGGAGUUCUGCCUUGGAGGAGACUUGCACACUCUAAGACAGAGGCAACCAGGGAAGCAUUUUCCUGAGCAUGCAGUGAAAUUCUAUGUAGCAGAGGUUCUUCUUGCACUGGAGUAUCUGCACAUGCUUGGGAUUGUGUACCGUGAUCUUAAGCCAGAGAAUAUUCUCGUGAGGGAAGAUGGACACAUAAUGCUUUCAGAUUUUGAUCUAUCUCUCCGUUGUGCUGUUAGUCCAACUCUUGUUAAAAACCUCUCUGCAGAGUCUGAGGCUUUAAGAAAGAACACAGGCUACUGCGUGCAGCCUGCUUGCAUUGAGCCAUCCUGCAUCCAACCAUCUUGUGUGGUUCCUACGACCUGCUUCGCACCUCGCCUCUUUUCGAGUAAGUUGAAGAAGGAUCGGAAACCAAAAAUUGAAAUGGGGAAUCAGGUCAGUCCAUUGCCAGAGCUCAUUGCAGAGCCAACUGAUGCUCGAUCCAUGUCUUUCGUUGGUACUCAUGAGUACUUGGCACCUGAGAUCAUCAAGGGGGAAGGCCAUGGAAGUGCUGUGGAUUGGUGGACUUUUGGUAUUUUUCUAUAUGAGCUACUAUUUGGUAAAACUCCUUUUAAGGGGUCUGGAAAUCGAGCUACGUUGUUCAACAUUGUCGGUCAGCCACUUCGGUUUCCUGAUGCACCAGUUGUGAGUUUUGCUGCAAAGGAUCUCAUAAGAGGAUUGCUAGUAAAGAAACCAGAACAAAGAUUGGGUAAUGAACGUGGAGCAACUGAGAUCAAGCAGCAUCCUUUUUUUGAAGGUGUGAACUGGGCAUUAAUACGUUGUGCUACUCCUCCUGAAAUCCCAAAGCCGGUUGAGAUUGAGAGAAUACCACACGCACACGCACACGCACACACAGUGGCAUCGACCAGUUUAAAGGCCGUUGCUAUUGCAGCUGCUGCAGCAGAUAAAAAAGCAUCCGAUAACUAUCUCGAGUUCGAUUUCUUUUAGGGAGAAACAUUCAGUGUAUGGCAGAAUGAGGAGGAAUGAGGAGGAAUCAUAUUGAUAGAUCAUGAAGAACUGCAAGUCUGUUCUUGUCUGUUGACAGUUUCAAAUUAAUGUUGCUCAUCAAGUAAUGAAUGGAUUAUUUUGACUCUUCCCAUAAAAGUUCAUUUACACAAAAAUCAAAACACAAACUUUGAUCCUUUAGGGACAAGACAAGAAAGCUGCUAAGCUACAGUAAUGGUGGAAUUAGGAUCAUUAUCCUUGGAGCUAUCAUCUUGGUAGCGAGGCGAAGAGAUAGGAGAGGGCAAUCCACCCAGUUGGCUUGUUUCUUUCCCUUCACAAACAACCUUAACCUCACAAAAUUCAGGAGCUUUCUGAAGUAUCUCGUUAGCGAUUCCACUUCCCCCUCGAGAUCUCAACUUCCUGAUGGUUUUAAAGUGGACAAUAUUAUACUAGUGUGGAGGUUCGUGAUUCCUAACGUAAUGGAUGAGUUUUUGCAAAUGUACCUGGAUUUGUUGGCUCCAAGGACUAGCUUCCUUAUGUUGAGAAUUGGUAUAACAUCCAAAAUGGCCCUUGCUACCAUGUCACUCUCAAUCAGCACAGUGUCUGCCUUAACCUGUUCCAUUCAGAAGUGUAAGGCACAUAUUCAUUAGAUUAGCAAAAAGGGGGCAUUCUUUUCUGUUGUGUACCUUAGCCAAUGAACAAGAAUCAAUGAAAUUCUGAAGAAAAUCCUUCCUUUUGCUUU